ACAUAACCGUAUGUUGUUAGAGGCAGAGAAAAUGAGCGAGUGGUUACGACGCACAUGUAAGUUCAGUCAAGUAGGCAUUGUCACGAAGACAACGGUGUGUGAUUUGUGGGCUCUCCACGUAUACGGAUAAAGCAUCCCUCGUGCCACAUCAGCAUCCCCUUCCUUCAUUCUUUCUUCCCCUUUCUGUUUGGUCACGGAAACUCUUAUACUCUUUCACUGUUUUCUCUCUGCGGCAACCGCGACUCAACUCUCCGUCGAAUUCUGCUCCAUCUACUACAUGGCGGUUAAAUUGCACAGCACCAACAACUUUCUCGCGUUAAGCUCUUCGAAUUGUUGGCUUUCAAAUGGUUCCCCUUACACGGGAAGAAAAGUGUCGGACUUGCAUUUCUUACUAUUGAGUAAAUGGGGUAGUUCAAGAAAGGGAUGCCUCAUUCGACAUGAUUUUUUAUCGAGCAGUAAUCAUGGUUUGGUGGGAUCUAGAAAUUGCUAUCUGAUGUUUUCUAAACCUAGAACGGGGGUGCGCCUACUCCCAUUUGCCUCCUCUGAUGAUGGCGUGACUGUCAAUGGGAGCCUCCAAGGUAGCGCCAGUUCAGACCUUGAAAAAUUGAGAAUGAAACUGAAUAGGUCACUGGAAGAUGACGAGUUCUGUGAUGGACUUGUCCAAGCCUUGUAUGAUGCUGCCAGGGUUUUUGAAUUGGCAGUUAAAGAGUAUAAAUCAUACUCACGAAUGUCCUGGUUUUCAACAGCUUGGCUUGGGUUUGACCAAAAUGCCUGGGUGAAGGCAUUGUCUUGUCAGGCUGCUGUUUACUCCUUAUUGCAUGCUGCAAGUGAAAUUUCAUCUCGAAGUGAUGGCAGAGACAGAAAUGUCAAUGCAUUUGUUCAAAAGAGUUUGCUAAGGCUAUCUGCUCCCCUAGAGAGUUUAUGUCGAGAAAAAUUAUCAGCCAAACAGCCUGAAGCAUAUGAAUGGUUUUGGUCUGAGCAAGUUCCAGCUGUAGUGACAUCCUUUGUUAAUAAGUUAGAAGGGGAUGGACGCUUUACUGCUGCCAUUGCUUUGUCUGGAAAAAAUUUCAGCAGUGCAAGUGACAUAUCACUUCUCCUGCUUGCAAUAACAUGCAUCGCUGCAAUUGCUAAACUUGGCCCUUCCAAAAUUUCUUGUUCACAGUUCUUUUCCAUGAUCACCGAGAUAACUGGUAGUUUGAUGGACAUGCUGGUUGGUUUAAUUCCUGUAAGUCAAGCAUAUAAUUCUAUAAAGAAUAUUGGCCUGCACAGAGAAUUUCUUGUACAUUUUGGUCCUCGAGCAGCAGCAUGUAGAGUGAAAGAGAAGUGGGGUGCAGAAGAGGUGGUUUUCUGGGUAAAUCUUGCUCAGAGGCAGCUGCAGCAAGCUAUUGAUAAGGAGAAAAUAUGGUCAAGACUGACGACAUCUGAAAGUAUUGAGGUGUUGGAGAAGGAUUUGGCUGUUUUUGGGUUCUUUAUUGCUUUAGGCAGAAGUACACGGUCAUUUCUUUUGACAAAUGGUUUUGAUACUCUAGAUGAUCCUGUUGAAGAUUUCAUCAGGUAUCUUAUUGGAGGUAGUGUUUUAUACUACCCUCAGCUCUCAUCUAUUAGUUCAUAUCAAUUGUAUGUGGAGGUAGUUUGUGAAGAGCUGGAUUGGCUUCCUUUUUAUCCGGGAAUCACCAGCAUUACAAAACAGUCACAUACACACAGAAGUAAACAAGAAGGUCCUCCAAAUGCUGAAGCAGUGCCCCAAGCUUUUGAUGUUUGCUCUCAUUGGAUGCAGAGCUUUAUUAAAUACAGUACAUGGCUGGAAAGCCCUUCAAAUGUGAAAGCAGCCGAGUUUCUGUCAACAGGGCACAAGAAGUUGAUGGAAUGCAUGGAAGAACUUGGGAUGAUCAAGGAUACAACAUCGGAGAGUGAUGCCAAGAAAGCAGUUCAUAGACAUAGAUCUACAGUUCAGUCAACUAUAAAAGAGUCAGGUUCUUUUGAUGAGGCAUUGAAAAGUGUUGAAGAGGCUGUGAUAAAACUUGAAAAGUUGCUUCAAGAGUUGCAUGUGUCAAGCUCUAGUUCCGGAAAAGAGCAUUUGAAAGCAGCCUGUUCUGACUUGGAAAAAAUAAGAAAACUUAAGAAAGAAGCUGAAUUCCUGGAGGCAUCUUUCAGAGCUAAAGCUGAUUCUCUGCAAGAGGGGGUUAAUGAUGGUCAGACCUAUGCACCAGUUCGUGAAGAGGAUGGGUAUAUAAAAGGGAAAGGCAGAAAGAAUACUAAUUUAAGGUUGGACAGGAGCAAAAGAAAUGCUGGAAAAUCCCGUGGAUUCUUGAACAUCUUUGUACGUCCUGUUGCCAGAAAGUCUGAUCUGGAGUCCAAUGUGGAGGCUUAUGAAAAUAAUAAUGAACAAUCUGCAGCAAACUUAGGGGUUGUGGACCAAGAACCCAAUGAAAUCCGCCGCUUUGAGCUUCUGCGAAAUGAGCUAAUAGAACUUGAGGAACGGGUCCAAAGAAGUGCCUAUCAAUCGGAAGAGAAUGAAGAUUUACUGGUUAUUGAUGAUGGUGCCCGUUAUAGUGAUGAUGCUGGGGGCGUUCAGAUAGCCAGGGUUCAGAAGAAAGAAAAUAUCCUGGAAAAAUCAUUUGGCAAACUAAAAGAAACAGGAACGGAUGUCUGGCAAGGAACUCAACUUCUCGCCAUUGAUGUUGCUGUUGCCAUGGGUUUACUUAGAAGGGCACUGAUAGGGGAUGAACUGACUGAGAAAGAGAAAAAAACACUUAAAAGGACCUUGACUGACAUGGCUUCAGUUGUUCCUAUUGGCGUUUUAAUGCUUCUUCCAGUUACUGCCGUUGGGCAUGCAGCAAUGUUGGCUGCUAUUCAGAGAUAUGUACCAUCUCUAAUUCCAUCCACUUAUGCACCAGAAAGGUUGGAUCUCUUGAGGCAGCUGGAGAAAGUGAAGCAAAUGACAGCCAGUGAUAUGGGCACAGAUGACGAAGUGGAUGAAGUUAAAUGAUCAGAAGCAAUGCCGAUUUAUGCAUAGCUAGCAAAACUUAACAUUCUUUGUGGUCUGAUGAAAAUUGGACUGGCUUUGUUAUUCACUUUCUGGAAAGUUUCUGAUGCCAUAUUUCUCCGAUAGGAGUUGAGCAUAAAGAAGUUCGUUCCAGGUGUCUGGAACUCCUGGUAAGCACCAGUGGCUACAAUCCUGUGGGGCAUCAGGCGGAGUGCCUGGCUCCCGAUACUUGGAAGGGUGCCCAUCUUUCCUCAACUCUGAAAGAUAUGUGAUGUUCAAAAAGUGGAUUUUCCAGCUGCCAUAUUGCAUCUGUUUGACAACAUCAGAUAUAAAUAUGUUAUAAUAUGGUUCACUUUCAAUUUUUGUAGGGUCGUUUUCUGGUUCUGUUUCCAUGUCACAGUAUCCUCCUUCAUUCCAUGUGCCAUUCCUGCAAUUUCACUGUAGAGUAAAGAUUCUUGUCCAAAUGUAAUCCGAAGCCAGUCCCAGUAUUCUAAGGCUUGCCUCAGCUUGUCAUCCAAACCCCGCACCCCCAAAUACAUAAACUUUUAGCUAUAUUAAAAAAUAUCGCUAGAAUAUUGGGGAGAAGGGGAUAAAAAAAUCCGAUUUCAUAUCCAUAAAUGAUUUCCAAGUCAAGUGAAGAGAGUUAUAAUUUUAGUUAUACAGCUGUGUUUUAGCAUCCAAUUUUUAUAUAAUUUUAUCAUGGGGUGGAUGGCCAGAAGAAAUCACGAAAAUAUGUAGGAUGAGUUAAUUUGAGCAAGAGUUUUGAAGCGAGUUAACAUGCCUCUUGUUUGGCCGAAAACAAAAGGUCUUGUUACUUGAAAUAUUUUUGCUGAUGAACUUCCUAUUUUUUCUGCCCGAUGACUGCUUUUGUAAUCCCAAGCUGCAUCUUUCUCUUUUUAGAGAACAAUACUGGACAUUAUACGUAUCACUUCCUAUCUACGUUUUCACCAACUUAAUACAUUUGGGCUUUACAUAGGUUUUACAUUACCUUACCUAAACUCUGCUUUGGUCACUUAAAGAGAUGUGAGUGAUGUGACCCAAGCAUUUUCAUAUGCAUACUUUUGAAAAGAGUCGUUCUUUUUUUUUAUAGCAUAUUUUUGUAACAUUUUUCUAAAAUUCAUUUUUUCAAUCUCUUAUCUUUUUUUAGAUAUAUUACUAAUCUCACACUUUCUCUCUCUUAAUUUCUCUUAGUUGUAGAAAAGGUUAUAGAAAAGUCAG